AUGGUGCGCCGCCGCUCGGGCAAGUCCAAGGCCACCCAGUCCAAGGCGCGCCCGGUCGACCGCCGGGAGAGCAAAAUGAAGAAAUGGAACAAGGCGGCGGACAUUCCGCUCGACGAGGAGGACCAGUUUCACAGCUCGCGGGAUAGGAUCCUGCUCGAGGGAGACGACGAUGGGGGGUCGGACGACGGAGACGACGACGAGGUGUUCGCGCUGAAGGGGAUGCCGGAGGACGACUCCGACUCCGACGAGGGCGACGCGGAGAUGCGCAUCACGGCGCGCUCGCUGCCGCGCGGAGAGAAGGAGAAGAAGAAGAAGGCAAAGGCGAAAGCGAAGGGCAAGGAUGUUUCGAGCUCGUCUGAGGGAGAGGAGGAAGACUCGUCUGAGGAGGAGGGCUGGGGCAUGAAGAAGGCGGCGUACUACGCGUCGAACGCGGAGCAGAUUGAGUCGGACGAUGAGGAGGCGAACGAGCUCGAGGAGCAGGAGGCGCGACGGCUGCAGGGCCGCGCGCGGGACGCCAUGGGCGAGGACGACUUUGGGAUUGCGGACGAUCUUGUUGAGCCUGUGGCUCCGACACUGCCGCAGGAUAAGCAGGCGUUGUUGAGACAUCUGGAGAAAACGACACCAGAGACAUUAGCGUUGGCUCACGACUGGGAGGAUGUCGCGCACGCCAUCAUGCGUUCGCAGACGAAGAUCGACAAGCUCGAGGCCGAAGACCCCAAUACACUGAGCCUCAGCAUGCUUCACCUCCACUACCAAGCCCUCCUAACGUACGGCACGACGCUCGCCUUCUACCUCCACCUCCGCGCCUCGCCCAAAUACGUCGCGCGUCCGGACCUGCUCGCCGCGCACCCGAUCCUCCCCCGCCUGCUCACGCUCAAGCAGUCGCUGCACACGCUCGAGGACCUCGACUUCGCCGCCUCGGACGCGUCCUCGCUCGCGUCCGACUUCGACCUCUCCGACGGCGACUUCUCCGACGCGGACUCGGGCGCGGAGGAGUACGGGACGGAGAUGGACUGGCGCGCGGACGCGCAGAAUCUCUGGGCGGGCGACGGCACGCGCCGGCGGAAGGGCAAGGGGCUCGACCUCGGCGAGCUCGAGGGCCUGCUCGCGGACGCGAACGAGGUCCUGGACGCGCUUGCGGACGAGGACGGGGCGGGCGCAGAGGUCAGGCCGAAACGCAAGGCGGCGAUCAAAGCCAGCGCGAACACGAACGCGAGCGCGGCGGAGCCCCCGAAGAAGAAGCGCAAGGCCGUCGCAGGCAAGGCCGCAGCGCCGGUGUUCGACCUCGUCGAGCCCGAGUUCCCUGCCGCGUCGUCAUCAUCCGCCGGUGCCUCGAGCACGAAGAAGGCGAAGAAAAAGCCGAAACCGCCCGCGGACGGCGAGGGGGACGCGGACGUGUACGGCGAGGCGGGCGCGCUCGACGCGGCGGACGCGGCGGACAAGUCCGCGCGGCGGCGCACGCUCCGCUUCCACGUCUCGCGCAUCGAGGGCUCCGCGGCGAAGCGCGCCGGGGCGCGGGCGGCGGCGCGCGGUGGGGACGACGACAUCCCGUACCGCGAGCGGCGGAAGGAGCGGGAGGCGCGGCUCGCGAAGGAGGUCGCGAACGCGCGGGAGAAGGCGCGCGGGGACGAGCUCGACGACGCCGAUCCGGAGGCGGAAGCGGAUGGCGCGAAGGGCGACACGGGGAAAAGCGAGGGGGACGAGUACUACGACCUGGUGCGCCGCACGUUCAAGGCGGCGAAGGAGAAGAAGAAGGCGGAGCACGACGCUGCCGUUGUCGCCGAGGCCAAGGCACUCGGCGGAGACGAGGAACCGCGGACUAACGCCAUCGCGGACAACCAGGCUGUGCGAAACCCGCGCGUCAAGAAACGGCGCAAGUACGAGCAGGCGCAGCGCAAGGUCGCGUCCCAGCGCGCCGUGUACCGCGGCGGCGUCGACGUGACGCGCUACGCUGGCGAGAAGACCGGCAUCUCGACCGCCGCCAAGGGCGUCCGGUUCGACAGGUCGUAG